GUUGCCCUUCGAAGGGGAAGAAGAUGGUGACGUCACCAGAAUGCGACGACAACAACAAAAGUGACUGCGUAAUAAGAAGUUGCCGCCUUUUUGAUCAGCUGGUUAGCGGCUUGAGAGCAACCAGGAAACGGGCAGAUGAGCUCGGACGUGUGUGUCCAGAACUGGUCAUGUUCCUAUUACCUGACAAGCGAGAAACGUUGGAUCCCCGGCAGACUUUCCUUAACCCCGUCACGCCUGAAGUUUAAAGCUGAUGGUGCACAUGAGUUUCUCGUCAGCUUCCACCUCUCCAGCAUUAAUGAAAUCAAAAAAGAGUCUUCCAGUUAUAUCUUUAGCUCCAUCACCGUCCUGGAGAAGGACCAGGCCAAGCACUGGUUCAGCUCCCUCCAGCCCAAUCGGAAUGUGGCGUUUAACGUUAUUCAGCAUUUCUGGAGGGAACAGUUACUGACACCCCAAGGAUCUCAUACAGCCUCCUCCAAAACAUCACAGGGAGGUGAAUUUGUUAACAGGGUCACGGCAUCCCAGAGUCACAUGGAGGAAAGCACCAAUGCGCUUCAUCACCAGGGGGAGCGGUUUGACAACAUCCAUAAAGGUCUAGACAAGAUUGAAGCAGACAUGGCGACCACUGACAGGCUGCUCUCUGUCCUUGAGUCUCCAUCAUGGUGGCCAUUCAGCAGAAAACCCUGGCAGAGCUGGAAGCAGGCUGAGCCUAAGGAAUCACCUGGAGACGUGACUCCCCCAAAUCAUGGGAAGGAAGGGAUUCUAAUGAGCGUUCCCAUAAUAUUCUCCCGCAAGCCAGACAUUAACCUUAAACCAGGGAAACUCACGGUUCUGACGUCCGCCUUGGAGAUUUCCGACUGCAACUCACAGCUGCUUCAUCGCUACCAAAGGGAAGAUGUGGAUGACAUCACAGUGUGCACUGGAUAUGACAUCAGCAUUCGACAAAGGUUUAUUGGGAAACCAGACAUCACGUAUAAAAUCUUGUCUGCCAAACUGCCAGAUGUCAUCCCACUGUUAGAAAUGCAGUACAGCAAGAAGAUUGAGUUCCUAGAGGAGGCCCUAAUGUUCAGUGGGUCCAGAAGAUCCUCUCCGAGGGAUCAGUCUAGUCCAGAAACAGGAUCCUGGGUCCUUGACCAAAUUGUAGCCUCUGCCAUCCAUUCUGAAGGAAACUCUGAAGCGUUGAUGCAAGAACAAUUGGUUUCAGAAUCCGAAGCUCAAGAACUUAGAAAGAUCUUGAUGAAACUGAAGUGCAUCGCUCUGGAAGCAGAGACUGAGCUGGAGAGACAAGAUGAGGUUCUGGAUGAUCUAAACUCUUCCGCCGAUAGAGCAGUGAUGAGCAUGGACAAACAGACCUGCAGGAUGAGGAACCUCCUCUAGAAACACUUCUCAAGAUUAAAGACUGUCACCCAACUUUCAGCUUGUGUCCUAAUAGAGUCAGAAUAUUGUUUACAUACAUUGAAGCUGGGAGGUCAAGGGCUCCUUGGACUCCGUUUUAUUAAUAGUUUGCCAGUAUUUAAACAAAAAGUAUGUCUAUGUAAUGUGGCGUUCUUACUAUGUUCAUGAGUCUAUAUUUAUUGUAUAUUUAUAAUAGGACUUCUUAGUUUUACAGGUUGAAAUGUUAUUUAUUAAUGAUAAAGUAUUAAUUUAUGCAUUUUCUCCCCUCGCUGAAGGGGACUUUUACUAUUGCUCCUCGGCAGUGGUUAUUGUCUAUGCUUCCAUUACACAGAAUGUAAUAGAUGAAGAAGUCUUAAUUGAACAAUCUGUUAUUCUCUAACACAGAGAAAUUAAUGGCAUGCCAUGUGCUACAUCUACUACAUGACGGGUCAAAGGAAGAAAAAAAGGCCCUUAAAUGCAACCUAUUGACUGAACCAGAGAAAGACAAUUUUUUGAGCACGCUUUGUGUUGGAUUAUUGCAAGACUUCUGUUUUUUCUUUUUAAAUAAGUAAAUGUAAAGCACUGUGUAACCUGCUGCCAUUAUAUAAAUAAAUGAUGAUCCUAGA